UUGUACAAGAAUCCCCUUUGUGUCAUGACACUUCGGUUGUUGCAGGAAGAUGGAGGAGGAAAUAUGAAUGAGAGAGUUGGAGAGAGGAGUUUGGAUUUUACUGAGAGGAACUAUUUUGGCAGAAUUUUUUUCUCAUGUCGACAAUAUUAAUGAAGGAUUUGACUUUGAUGGCCAUCCCUACUUGUUUGAGCCGGAGUUUACGGACUAAGAAGUCUGACAAAUUGAGGACCGAAGGAGGAGAGAAACAAGCAGAAGAGAGACAAGUUGCUGCAUGGUUGGGAGUCGAACUUCUUAAGCGAGACAUUUGUUAAGUAGCCAGACUCUUAGCAAAGAUUGGACUGUCGCACUUGCCCAUAAGAUUACAAUGUAACCACUGCUGUCGAGUUGCCGGUGCCGGCGGAGGCAAUCUAUUGGACAAAUUCCAAACUUUUUUGUAUGACACCUCCAUACAGCCCACCCCACUGCGAGGCCACACAUCAACCCUCUGAACGUCUGACUUGGCAGCCAGCAGAAGACGCUAAUCUGGUCGCACACACUGCUGCUUCUCAGCAGAGGUUCCAAUGCACCGGUGUGAUCCGUCACACUGCAGAUGGUCAGCACUGGAGCUGCCAAAUCCAUCCUGACAGACUCACUGAAGUUCAUACUAAGGACUUCAAAAGAGAUUUGAACUUUGAAGAUGGGCUGAACACCAGACACUCAGAGAAGAUUAUUGUUAUGCAGUCCGACUCACCUCAGAAGCCUUUAACUGUGACUUACCUGGAAGUGGGGAAGGAAAACCAAACCCAGAGGAGCCUUUCAGGCCCAGAUGAUAAAUCCAACAUACCUCAGCGUGUCUCUCCUGUACCUGUCUACAGUCAAAUUCUUCCUGUCUCUUCUCUGGCCACCACUGUUGUGCAAAAGCCUAUCACAGGUUUUGAGAGUCAGAUGCAACACCAACUACUAACCCAACAACACACACUACAGAAGCCCAAACCCCACACUGGUUCUUCUGCCCAGGCCUUUAUACUUAGGGGCCAGGUUGCACAAGGCCCCCUAAUGCUCCUUGUCCCUCAGCUGGUCGUUUCUGCUCUGUACAUUCAGCCAGCGCCUGUGACACCUGGUGGCAACAAGUUACCAGCCAUUGCGCCUGCACCUCGUCGUACGUUGCUGCAGCAACGACAAAACCCACUGCAGCCAGAGGUGUCGCGUGUACGAAGUUAUGCAUGUUUGCAUGAGGAGUGCAGCAAAACCUACUUCAAGAGCUCCCACCUCAAGGCCCACAUGAGGACGCACACAGGUGAGAAGCCCUUUAAAUGCAAAUGGCAGGGCUGUGAGAGGCGAUUUGCUCGCUCUGAUGAGCUGUCUCGCCACCGCCACACCCACACUGGAGAGAAGAAGUUUGUCUGCCCCAUGUGCCUCAACUGCUUCAUGCGGAGUGACCACCUGGCCAAGCAUGCCCGGAGACACCUAGCAGCGAAGAAGAUGCCUUGCUGGAGGUUAGGGGUCACCCAGGCUUCUGGCCUGGCUGCUCCUAAUGAAGCUACGACUGAGGAAUUACACUAAAAGAAUCAAAUGUAAAUAGUUUUCUUAAAGCAAUUUCCUUUUUUUCCACAUUUUUCCCCACACCAAACGUGUUGCAUGUUUAACUCUGUGAUAUUUGACAUGUGAAUGUUGCAUGAUAAUCUAUUUGUUACACUGCAAUUUUGCAAAGUUGUUUUGUGAGGCUGACGUUUAACUCUUUAUUAAAUUUAAAGACAUUUA